CAGACUUUGGGUACGAGUAGAACAAAACAAAACAUUGCACAAAUUAGCAAGUAACGACCUAAACUAUAUCACCCCGAGCAUUACUGUUGUUGUUUUGACGUGAAUCGAGAAGACAAGAAGGGAAAAUAAGGAAGGUGAAAAAAAUCAGCAGCAACAGGAGCGGUAGAAGCUCCUCCACCUCCUCCUCCACUUUCUUCUUGGUGCUCACAGCGGAAGGAGACGUCGCUCCUCCUGCAGGACAAUGUGAGACACCGACACAACACUUGACCCGAACGAGAGUCUUUCUGACCCCGCAUAGCUCCGUAGGAACAGACGGACGGACCCACCGGAAUGGACAUGGGCUCCGCUUAAUCUCGGAUCGCAGCUCAUCGACGAAGGACCUUGUUAUAAUUAAAGCCGCGUUGGGAGCGCCAGGAUCGGCCGCAGCUAUGGGAUCGGGCCGCUGAGCGGAGCGCGGCGCCAGGGCCGAGAACAGGGAAGAUGGGUGUCGCGCUGCGGACUCUGCUGUUGUUGUGCAGUUUUUGUUUGCUCGUACGAGCUGUGCCGCUGCUGCUAUAUGCGAACCGACGGGACCUCCGUCUCGUGGACGCGGCUCAUGAAAAGGCUAACGCCACAGUGGUGGUGGGAGGACUGGAGGACGCUGCUGCCGUGGACUAUGUCUAUUCAGAGGGACUCAUUUAUUGGAGCGACGUGAGCGAGGAGGCUAUCAAACGCACAGUUUUUAACCUGUCUGGUGCCAGCGUUGUGCAGACAGUGGUACCGGGUCUGGCAUCUCCAGACGGACUGGCCUGCGAUUGGCUUGGGAGGAAAUUAUAUUGGACAGAUUCAGAAACCAAUCGGAUCGAGGUAUCAGAACUAGAUGGAUCGCUGAGGAAAGUUCUGUUCUGGCAGGAGUUGGAUCAGCCCAGAGCCAUCGCUCUGGAUCCGGAACGGGGGUACAUGUACUGGACAGAUUGGGGCGAGAUCCCGAAGAUCGAGCGAGCGGGGAUGGACGGAACCAAUCGAUCGAUGAUCAUCGAUAAAGAGAUUUAUUGGCCCAACGGUCUGACGCUGGACUACAGCCAACAGAAACUGUACUGGGCUGAUGCCAAGCACAACUUCAUCCACCGAGCCAACCUGGACGGUUCCCUCAGGGAGGUGGUGGUGAAGGGUGAGCUCCCUCACCCCUUCGCUCUCACCCUCUACGAGGACACGCUCUUCUGGACCGACUGGAACACGCACUCCAUCCACUCCUGUUGGAAACAGAACGGCGGCGGACAGCGGGUCGUCCACUCCGACAUCUUCUCGCCCAUGGACAUCCACGUCUUCAGCGCCAAGAGACAACCUGCCUUGAACAGUCCGUGCUCGGUGAACAACGGCGGGUGUUCUCACCUCUGCCUCCUCUCACCGGCCAACUCUCAACACACCUGCGCGUGUCCCACUGGAGUCCAACUGCUGGAGGACGGGAAGACCUGCAGGGACGGUGCGACCCAGGUUCUUCUUUUGGCGAGGCGGACGGACCUGCGGCGAAUCUCUCUGGACACGCCUGACUUCACCGACAUCAUCCUGCAGGUAGAGGACAUCCGACACGCAAUCGCCAUUGAUUACGACCCCGUGGAAGGAUAUAUCUACUGGACCGACGACGACGUGAAGGCAAUCCGACGCUCUCUGCUGGACGGCAGCGACGCCCAGUUUGUCGUCACCACCCAGGUCAACCACCCCGACGGUAUCGCAGUGGACUGGAUCGCACGCAACCUUUACUGGACUGACACCGGAACGGAUCGCAUCGAAGUGACCCGCCUUAAUGGGACCAUGAGAAAGAUCCUGAUUUCUGAAGACCUGGACGAGCCCAGAGCCAUCGUCCUGGAUCCUGUGGCCGGGUAUAUGUACUGGACAGACUGGGGGGAGGUGCCAAAAAUCGAGCGUGCAGAUCUGGACGGUCUAGAGCGCGUGGUGAUGGUAAACACCUCCUUGGGUUGGCCAAACGGUCUCGCACUUGACUAUGAGGAACGAAAAAUGUACUGGGGGGACGCCAAGACAGACAAGAUUGAGGUGAUGAACUUGGACGGAACGGGUCGACGGGUGCUGGUGGAGGACAAACUCCAUCACAUCUUCGGCUUCACGCUGCUGGGCGACUUCAUCUACUGGACGGACUGGCAGCGACGCAGCAUUGAGCGCGUCCACAAACACACGGCGGAGAGAGAGUUCAUCAUCGAUCAGCUGCCCGACCUCAUGGGCCUGAAGGCCACCAAUGUCCACCAGUGGGUUGGAACCAACCUCUGUGCGGAGAACAACGGCGGCUGCAGUCACCUCUGUCUCUACAAGCCCACGGGCGUCCAGUGCGGUUGUCCCAUUGGCCUGGAGCUCAUCGCCGACAUGCGCACAUGCAUCGUCCCCGAGGCCUUCCUGCUGUUCUCCCGUCACACCGACAUCCGCCGCAUCUCACUGGAGACCAACAACAACAACGUGGCCAUCCCGCUGACUGGCGUCAAAGAGGCGUCGGCGCUGGACUUUGACGUGACGGACAACCGUAUCUACUGGACGGACAUCACACUGAAGACCAUCAGCCGGGCCUUCAUGAACGGCAGUGCUCUGGAGCACGUGGUGGAGUUUGGCCUGGAUUACCCAGAGGGCAUGGCAGUGGACUGGCUGGGGAAGAACUUGUACUGGGCCGAUACCGGAACCAAUCGCAUCGAGGUUGCCAAACUGGACGGGCAGCACCGCCAGGUGUUGGUCUGGAAGGAUCUGGACAGUCCAAGAGCACUGGCUCUGGAUCCGGCCGAAGGCUACAUGUACUGGACAGAGUGGGGCGGGAAACCAAAGAUCGACCGCGCAGCGAUGGACGGGACAGGUCGCAUCACGCUGGUCGCAGACGUAGGCCGAGCCAAUGGUCUCACCAUAGAUUAUGCCGAGCGACGCCUCUACUGGACCGACCUGGACACAACGCUGAUCGAGUCGUCGAACAUGCUGGGUCAAGAGCGUGAGGUCAUAGCUGAUGAUCUCCCUCACCCCUUUGGCCUCACCCAGUACCAGGAUUACAUCUACUGGACAGAUUGGAGCCAGCGCAGCAUUGAGCGCGCCAACAAGACCAGCGGCCAGAACCGGACCGUGAUCCAGGGCCACCUCGACUAUGUCAUGGACAUCCUCGUCUUUCACUCGUCUCGACAGGGGGGCUGGAACGCCUGCGCCUCCACCAAUGGUCACUGCUCCCACCUGUGCCUCGCCGUCCCCGUCAACAGCUUCGUGUGCGGCUGCCCCGCCCAUUUUUCUCUCAACUACGACAACAAGACCUGCAGUGCUCCCACGUCCUUCCUGCUGUUCAGCCAAAAGACGGCCAUUAAUCGUAUGGUCAUCGACGAGCAGCAGAGUCCUGACAUCAUCCUACCCAUCCACGGCCUCAGGAACGUCCGCGCAAUCGACUAUGACCCUCUGGACAAACAGCUCUACUGGAUAGACUCCAAGCAGAACGUGAUCCGCCGAGCGCAGGAGGACGGGAACCAGAGUAUGACGGUUGUGUCCAACUCCCUGGUCGCACCCAGUCAGGGGCUGCAGCUGUACGACCUGAGCAUUGACAUCUACAGCCGUUUCAUCUACUGGACCAGCGAGGUCACCAAUGUCAUCAACGUUACGCGCACAGACGGCAGCAGAGUGGGCGUGGUGCUGAGAGGAGAACACGACAAACCUCGAGCUAUCGUAGUAAACCCGGAGAGAGGGUACAUGUACUUCACCAACCUGCUGGAGCGAUCGCCCAAGAUCGAGCGAGCAGCUCUGGACGGUACAGAGCGGGAAGUUCUGUUCUUCAGUGGUUUGGGGAAACCUGUCGCUCUGGCCAUCGACAACGAAGUAGGGAAGCUGUUCUGGGUCGAUUCCGACUUGAGACGCAUCGAGAGCAGCGACCUCUCUGGGGCCAACCGUAUCGUCAUCGCCGACUCCAACAUCCUGCAGCCAGUGGGUCUCACUGUCUUUGGGAACCACUUGUACUGGAUCGACAAGCAGCAGCAGAUGAUUGAGCGCAUCGACAAGACCACCAGAGAGGGACGUACCAAGAUCCAGGCUCGCAUCGCUUACCUGAGCGAUAUCCACGCUGUGCACGAGCUGGACAUGAGGGAGUACAGUAAACAUCCUUGCACGUGGGACAACGGCGGCUGUUCUCACAUCUGCAUCGUAAAAGGCGAUGGAACGACGCGCUGCUCGUGUCCCGUUCACCUGGUGCUGCUGCAGGACGAGCUGUCCUGUGGAGAACCUCCCACCUGUUCUCCUGAGCAGUUCUCCUGUACGUCCGGUGAGGUGGACUGCAUCCCACAGGCGUGGAGGUGCGACGGUUACGCCGAAUGCGACGACAAAAGCGACGAGGACAACUGUCCGGUCUGCUCGGAUUCGGAGUUUCAGUGCGACAGUCGGCAGUGCAUCGACCUGAGCCUGCGCUGCAACGGCGAGUUUAACUGUCAGGAUCGAUCGGAUGAGAGCAAGUGUGAAGGUUUGGCAGUGCCUUGUCCUCUGGACCAGUUCACUUGCACCAACGGUCAGUGCAUCGGAAAACAUAAGAAGUGCGACAACAACAUGGACUGUUCCGACAACUCGGACGAACUGAGAUGCUUUACCACCGAGGAGCCUCCUCCUCCUGCCAACACCACCAUCGGGUCCAUCGUGGCCGUGGUCAUGGCUCUGUUUGUGGUCGGCGCCGUCUAUUUCGUCUGUCAGCGCGUCCUUUGCCCGCAGAUGAAAGAAGACGGAGAGACGGUCACCAACGAUUUCGUGGUCCACGGGCCGUCGUCGGUGCCUCUGGGAUACGUACCGCACCCGAGCUCGCUGUCCAGCUCGCUGCCAGGAAUGUCCAGAGGAAAGUCCGUGAUUGGUUCCCUCAGUAUCAUGGGCGGGAGCAGCGGACCGCCGUACGACCGCGCGCAUGUCACCGGGGCCUCGUCCAGCAGCUCGUCCAGCACCAAGGGGACGUACUUCCCCCCGAUCCUGAAUCCUCCUCCGUCUCCGGCCACCGUUCGUUCUCAGUACACGCUGGAGUUUGGUUAUUCCUCCAACAGUCCAUCCACUCAUCGCUCCUACAGCUACCGGCCCUACACCUACCGUCACUUUGCUCCACCCACUACACCCUGCAGCACCGAUGUGUGCGACAGCGACUACACUCCGGGACGUCGGGUACCACUAAAGUCCAGCACCACAGCUAAGGGCUACACCAGCGACCUCAACUACGACUCGGAGCCUUGCCCUCCGCCGCCUACGCCACGCAGCCAGUACCUGUCGGCGGAGGAGAACUGCGAGAGCUGCCCUCCGUCGCCGUACACCGAGCGUAGCUACUCCCACCACCUCUACCCUCCGCCCCCGUCGCCCUGCACGGACUCAUCGUGAGCCGAAAAAGGCCCUGUCCCCCCCCUCCGCACAGCUCCGCCCCCUCACUGUAAAUAGCAAUUGUGCAUAUACCAGGCUAAAAAACGGGAACGAGAGACUGACGUGACGGAGGAGGAGGAAUAGUGGCCGUUGCAGGAGACAAAGAGAACUGCAGCUGCGAACGUUUGUACAUUGACAAAAGAGAAAAAAAUCAUAUUUAUAUAUUUUCUAUACAGUGUUUACUGAUGACAUCAUCGUGGUUUGUAUUAAGAAAUUUGUACAUUUUUUUAAGAAAAAAAAAGCUUUUAUUACAAAAAAAAUCACUACAAACAUAAAAUGCCUUAAAGGAGAAGGAACGGCGGGAGGUCAAAGGUCGGGCUUUAUCUGAUGCCAAAUAAACAGAAUCAUCACACAGAGACGGCAGCAGCAGCGACGGGAGCAGUUCAGCAGCCUUUUUUUGUUACCAUGGUAACAGUCAGAGGAGAAACGAGAGCUUCAUCAGAUCAGUACGGAUGAAGGUUGUAAAGUAAAGGCACAUAUUUAUGGAAUGAAUAACUAUGGAGGUCAAGGGUCAUUUUUGAUGGUUCUGAUGGUUGGAUCUCAGGAGGUCCAGGGGAAAUGACCUCCCCCCAACAACAAGAGAUUGAGUGGAAGCCCAGAGAGGACACGUCUGGUUCAAGAGACUCAACAACCGGCCUGGAUUAAUUAUUUGAAGAAAAAAAAAAACAUAAGAACACGUCGGAUGGUCGUCAUCUGCCCAGGUCACGUCUUCAGAAGCUCAGAGAAAAGAGAACAAACAGGAGCAGAGAAUUCACCGCAGCCCAGAACGGAUCAGUUCUUUUCUGUAGUCCUAAAACCAGGUUAAGUCGACUGAGGCCCGCGGAGGAGCGAUUACCAUCGAUGGAAGAAAAAGUAGAGAAAAUAAAUCUGUGACGUUUCUCUCUGAGCUUCUGAAGUCUCAUCCCAUCAAAGGAGCCGGCGUCUGGAGCAUCUGUAACCUCUGCUCCUCCAGCCUUCCUCACCUCCUGUCCUCUCUGAGCUCCUCCACCCUGAAUCCACCGUCAGUGAGGCGAACAGCUGGAACUUAAACCAAAACAAACGUUUUCACUUUUUUGACUCCUCAUCUUUUCACUCUCCAAAACAAGGAAAAGUCUGACGUCAUCCAAUCACAUCGUCCUGUUUUGUCUUCUGUUUCUUUUUUUUUCCUCCUCCACCUCUGCAGGAGGAAACACAAAAUCCUGUGCCUGAACAUUUUCACACUUUGAUAUUCUUUUUUUUAAUUUUUUUUUUUUUUUAAAGAUGACGUUGUUUACUCUGAGGACAAACAAACAAACAGGACUGGAACUCCAUGAAUGCUCUCUAUAGUAUUUUUGUACCACAUACUGUGUAGAUAUAUAACCUAUUUAUAAGCUAUUUAGAGAAUCAAUGUAAAUCUGUCCAUUGAACUUAACUUUUCAUUCCGUCUUUAAUUUUUUUUUCUUUUUAAAUAAUGUCUCACUAUAUUUUUUUACAGAAAAACAAAAACAAACGUACAGACGACAAUCUCAUAUCACUGCAUGAACCGAUGCUUCAGGGUUUAUCUGGGUUUUUUUUUUUUUUUACUUGUCAGGCGUUGAAUCGACAGCAGCUGGUUUUAUCAUUUUAUCUUCCCCAUGUUUCUAAAUGUUUUACAGGAAAAAAAGAGGAAAAAAAACAAACACCAGCACAAAAUAGACAAUCCAAGGAUUUUCAGUUGCUGACAUUCGGAGACGAAACCACGUUCUUACAAAGUAGAUCAAAAUACUUUUAUAUCUGUCUCCCUUUUAGCGUUGUAGUUCUGUUCUUACGUAAAAUGAAAAAAAAAAGUUUAAUUACUGAAUCCAACAAACAGUUUGUAACACGAUCUAUAUCUAAACUGCUGCAUUUUUACGAAAAAGUAAAGAAAAAGACUUGAUGGGUAAGAAUUAAAUUGGUUUUAAAAAGUCAUUUGUAUGAAAAAAAAUCCUACAUUUUAACAUUUUUACAAAAAAUACUUUUUUUAUGUACUGAUCCCAUCAAUUCAUCUGAGGCACAAAAUUAAAAAAAAUAAAUUUUAAAAGAAAACAGUGACAGCAUAAAGUAAAGAGUUAUAUUUUUACUAAAAAGCAAAUUCGUUCAAAUGUGUUAAAUGUUUAAAAAAAUGUUUUUUGGGUCUUUAAUGACUUCUACAAUAAUCAACAAAAAAACUCAGAAAUUCAGGAGAACACGUUUGUAAAAAAAUGUUUUUCUAAACGUUUUCAAAUGUACUGUAAAAUGUGUCAAAACAAUAAUACUAGUGCCAUAGAGUGGACGUCAGAAACACUUUUUACCACUACUGUACUAUUAUCCAUGCAAGUUACUACUUCUUUUUUGGAAAAUCACAAACAAUAAAACUAGUCAAACCUAUGGAAGCCCUCUGACACGUAAACCUGUUCUGUUGAAUUUUGGCCGCUGGCUGACUCCGUACAUCCUCCUCCACAACCGUCAGCUGAUAAAAACACAACUAAGCUGUUUGUAUACGCACACACGCACACAAAGCAAUCAAAAUUAAGAGAGGUUCUCAUCUGCAAACUGCACUUUACAGGACUGUUUGUUUGGUUUUUUUUGUUUGUUUUUUUUUUGUUUUUUUGUGCGGUACCGAGGUGUUUGUUGAGCAGCUGGAGGAAAGUUGGUUAAAGACAAAUGUAUGGAAGCAAAAAAAAAAAAGAAAAAAUCUGAUUUUAAAGAUGGAUUAGUGGAGUCUGGAUUACGAUGGGUUCUUUUUUUGGGGGGGGGCAAAUUUUUCCACAGACUUUGAAGACUGUUUCUUCAAUAGUCAGGAAUCAUUACACAUUUGUUUUUGCAUGUGUGUGUUAGCAAAACAUACGAACUGUAAAAAUUGUUAAUAAAUGAAGACAAAAAAUGUAGAAAUUCAAAUCGUUUGAAUUAUUUUAUUUCCAAAAACAAUCGGAUUUUAAAAAAGAAAAUGUGAAACUGUUAACAUCAGUUUUCUCAGGUGCAUUUUUUUAUCAAAACAUUAUGAUGUUAACAAAUAAAAACCCCAAAAGCUCCUUAGACAUAUGAGAAACAGAAUGUGUUUAGAAAAUCUAUUUAAAUGAAGAAUAUAGAAAGAGCACAU